UGCUCUCUAACUCUUUAGAUACAAAAACCUCAUCAAGAAUAUUAAUAGAGAACAAUGAACGUUGAUCAAAUUAUUAUUGACUUUUCCAGUCUCCUAAACCCUCUUUGUACUCUUUCUAUCUCAAUUUCGUUUAUUGGGGGGUCAACUAAUAAAGACAUGAUUACAAGAUUCCACGGUUACUUAUCUUUCCAUAACUAGGUCCUGAUCACCAUUACCACUUGAACCAUAACGAUCUCUCUCUGACUCUCUCUCUGACUCUCUCUCUCUGUGUUUUUUUGUUUUCUCUAACCGCAAGAUAUACUGUUCAGACAUCUCAAACAAAUCAUGUACUAUCUAUCCACUUCUUGUCUGGUAUUUUUCUUCCACUUCACGUUAUUCCACAACCUUCCUUGUGCCACAAGUAAACAAAGACUUGGGUGGUGUGAGGCUCUGUUUCAGUGUGGUAACAUCACCGCUGGUUUCCCCUUCUGGGGCGGGAAUCGUUCCAAACCUUGCGGUCAUCCGUUGCUGAAGCUUCACUGCAACAAAAACAUCACCUCUCUAAACAUCUUAAACCAUGAGUACAACGUUUUCGAUAUAGAUCAAACAUCUAAUACUCUUAGACUUGCUAGAGAAGACCUUUUAGGCUCUUUUUGCUCCGUUACAUUCAAUACCACAACCUUGCCACCUCAAAUCUUUGAGCUGUCCCCAACCUAUAAGAGCCUCACCGUUUUAUACAAUUGUGAUCCUAAGACUUCUCACGGCUCGAGUUAUACAUGUCCUGCUUUAGGUCAUUUUUCAAUGUCUCAAAGCCUUGAUCACCAUAAUUCCUGCCAAAACAACUUCACAGUUAACGUUCCGUUGAGUUUCUUCCCAAACGAGAGAGAUUUGAAUUUGACCCAUUUGGAAAGUGCUCUACGAAAUGGGUUUGAGGUGAAGCUGGUGAUCGAUGAGAUACCGUGUCAAGAAUGUUCAUCCACUAGUGGAAUUUGUGGUUUCAACAGUACCACACAGAUUUGCUGCAACGUAACCUCACCACCAGGACGAGAUAGUUGCGUUCCACAACAUAAACCUAGUGGAAAAUCCGAUAGCAAAUUCUACUUAUUUAAUGAUUCUACAGGGUUUGGGUUUGUGUUCAUGUUGACUUUCAUAGCUUUCUUAUCACUACCAGCUGUUAUUGCUUUCAUGAUCCUGUUGUGCCAUAUUUUCGGAGUCCACUGUUUCCGAAAGAGAAAAACAUCAGAUGAUAUAAAAAAAGAGAAGCUUAACGCCCUUAUUCCGCUCAAAUAUUAUACCUAUGCAGAAGUGAAGAGAAUGACAAAAUCAUUUGCGGAAGUGAUUGGAAGAGGCGGGUUUGGAAUUGUUUAUCGAGGAACUCUUUGUGAUGGCCAUAUAGUUGCAGUGAAGGUCUUGAAAGAUUCAAAGGGUAAUGGUGAAGACUUCAUAAAUGAGGUUGCUAGCAUCAGCCAAACAUCUCAUAUCAACAUUGUUUCCCUACUUGGAUUCUGCUCUGAAGGUUCAGAAAGAGCAAUUAUAUAUGAAUUUUUGGGGAAUGGAUCGCUCGAUAAGUUCAUCUCGGAAAAGUCCUCAAUGAAACUGAACUUGACGGCACUUUAUGGGAUCGCGCUAGGAGUUGCUCGUGGUUUAGAGUACUUGCACUAUGGCUGCAAAACAAGGAUUGUGCAUUUCGACAUUAAACCUCAAAACGUUUUGUUGGACGAAAAUCUCUGCCCCAAGGUUUCUGAUUUCGGACUUUCUAAACUCUGCAAGAAGAGAGAAAGCAUCUUGUCAUUGCUAGACACAAGAGGGACAAUUGGGUACAUUGCCCCGGAGAUGAUUUCCAGACUUUAUGGGAGUGUUUCUCACAAGUCAGAUGUGUAUAGCUACGGAAUGUUAGUUCUCGAAAUGAUAGGUGCAAGGAAGAAAAAAGUUGAUCAAAAUGCUGCAUCGAACGCAAGCUCAAUGUACUUUCCAGAAUGGAUCUAUAAGGAUCUUGAAAAGGGAGACAGUGGAAGGUUUAUCGAGAAUGGUAUAAGAAACGAAGAAAACGAGAUAGCAAAGAAGCUGACAUUGGGUUUGUGGUGUAUUGAGUCAUCUCCAUCAAACCGCCCCUCGAUGAACAGAGUGGUAGCGAUGAUGGAAGGAAGCCUUGAAGUUCUUGAAGUGCCUCCGAGGCCUGUCUUGCAGCAGACUUUAACAGAACCGCUUUCGGACUCUUUUUGGAUUUCUGAGGAGUUUUCAAGUGCCUCCGAGGUAUUGAUCUGCUCCACAAAUUGAAACCUGUAACAUCUAAGUUUGUGAAAGUAUAUAGUCUUGAAGAGGAGAGUUUCUAAAUAUUAUUGGAAUAAUUUCAUAAAUACGACUUUUAUGAUAUUAAUUUUUGAAAGUACAACCUCUUUUUGUUAACUUUUAUUAAAUUCCAUCAAAUUUCAAUAACUAGUCUUUAUCAAAUGAAUGUCAAAUUUUAUUAACUUAUGUGAUACUUAAGUAUAUCAUAUAAUAGUAAAUUUCCAACUAUA